ACCACGUGUUAUAUAAACGGCAGCUUCUCAUCUAGGCACCUGAACAGGGAGGUGACUGAAGAGGAGAAGAUGGCGAUGGCUUGUUCCACCCCUGCUGCUCAUUGUUUUUCGCCGCCUCUUUGGAACCCUGUGGAGCUCAAAGUGGCAGAGGGGAAAGUGUUCGCGGGUGACCAUGGGUACAUAUACACGCAUGCCAGAGGGGAGGACGCUACUGCUGAUGGAAUAACCACGCUGGUAUGGGACCCAUUCAACCUGAACCCUGACGUUCUGGCUGCCAUAGACAUUGCGGCCCAUGUCAUCCCUGAGGGGCAGUUGCAGCAGCAUGUGGCCCCUCAGAAGUAUGGAUAUCGUGUGGAUUGGGUCCCAGGAUAUCUGCAGCCGGCAACAGUUGAUGGCAAGGUGACCAUGGCAGCGAAACUGCAGACAGGCCAUUGGCUGCCCUUGGGGUGGAUGCAUGCAGGCAUGGUGGAGCAGUGGCAGUUCCUGGUGGUAGUGGCACGUGUCUCCAUUUUCAAUGCAGAUGUGAAGGACCACGUGCUGGUUGUGGAGCAUGCAAAGCGGUGCUGGGAAAAGAUAAGGGAGGAGGACCGUCAGAUGGUGUGCAUGGGUUACGACUCCAUGCCAGACCAGGGGAUGUGGUCCAUGGUUGAGGGGAGUCCUGGUGGGCAAGGGCAGGGCGAUGGCGAGAACAGGUGCAUGGCUCACAUCCGCCGCAGGCAUGGUUACUCCGCCCUUGUUGGUUGGGUCCCGGCCGUAUGUCGCAUGACAUACGAGCAAGGUGGAGAGAUGAUGAUGAAGUUCAGGGACCCGCUUUGUGUGCCGUUUCUGCUGACGUACUCGGAUGGCCUCCUGCGAGACAUUCGGUAUAUGGUGGCCGAGGACACCCAAGGUGGACAUCGGAGGCCGGGACAGACGGAGGAGACGCGCCCGGGACAUCAGGACAGUUUGUCUGCUGAGGUGGAGGGCCCAUGUGGCGGUGAGCGAGUUGCAGGGUGCUCUGCAGCGCAGGGUGACGUGGCCGGGCCCAACAAGACAGCGAUGUCCCACAGCCCGAGGAAGGUGAAGCCGGUUGUCUCGAGGGCGCGGAGGGGGAAGACGGUUGGUGACAAGCAAAAGAAGAACCCCCAGCCUGUGCCACAGACCAGUAACAAUGCAGAUGCGCCUGCACGGGUCCACAGACGCCGCAGACACCCCAGAAUGGCAGCUUUGACAGAGAUCAGGAAGCUGCAACGAUCCACCAACCUUUGUAUCCCUUUCAGGCCCUUCUUGCGCAUCGUCCGCGAGGUGGUGGAGAAGGACAUUACCCCUAAUAAGGGUCUGAGGUUCGAGAUGAUGGUUGUGCGUGCUUUGAUGGAGGCUGCGGAGGCUUACCUGGUCGCCAACUUCGAGAACACAAACGAAGUGGUGAUCCACUCGAAGAGGGUGACCAUCCAGGUGAGGGAUAUGAGGCUGGUGGAUAGGUUGCUGAAGCCUCGCUGGGUGGAGAAAUAUCAGGGGAUAUUGGACGAGAGGGCUCGAGCUGAGGACAGGCAGCGACGGAUGGAUGCCAGACAGGCUGAGAGGGAAGGCCGGGGAGCAGGCGCAAAGAAGAGAAAGCCACCGACACCGAAUCAGGACUUGGUGUAUAUGGACAUGUGUGAGGGUUUUUUCUUAGGGGAACAACAGUUGGCAGAGCGCAGAGACGAUGCAGAGCACAGAGAUGAUGCAGAGGAGGAGGAUGAGGAAGAGUACRAGGGGUCUGACGUGGAGGUGAGCGGCAGCGACGUCAGCAGCGACGAAGAGGACGACGACAAUGAUGUGUACUGCGAUCUCAAGACGGCCUGUGGACAAGUAACCAAAGGUUGGGCACAUGCAAUCCUCAGGUUGGCACGAGUAUUUCCCGAUCCGCACAACGUGCUGCGUGUGGUGUUCAAGGGGGUGACACCUGAUGGCGCAAUGCAGUAUGCUGCAGUGACCAGCAUAAUGCAGUCCUACAACAAGGGGAAAAAAUGGUCACGUGUCGGCAAGGGAUGGUUUGUACUGAUGAACAGAGAGGCUGUGCUAGCAACAUCGCUGACAUGGGGACUGAACCUGAGCUGCCUCCUGCAUGGUGCAGUGGCCACAGCUUGGAGGGAGACUUUGCACCCCGGCUUGUCAAUAGGGGACGCAAUAACUUUAAACUCGCAUUGUGCGAGGGCAUGCCCUGCCGUGGCGGAUGAGGGAGCGCAAAGGCAGGAGAAUGAUGUUGCCCACGACCCGGGACCAUCCAACAUAGGCGCAGCCAAUCUCGCUCGUGAUAAGAGCGAGGACGUGGGGGCGGAGGACGACGCGAACGGGGCAGCCGGUGAUAACGCAGAGCCAGCAGCGCAACCCGUCGAGCCUUUUGACAGCUCGAGCAGGCUAGCAGCGCUUAUUUUCUCCGCCAGGAGCAGGGGCGGCGUCGGUAUGUCACAUACGGACGUUGAUGCUCUCUUGUCACUUCUCAAAGACCCGAGAUUCAGCGCGACGGACAUUGCGUACCACAACAGUCGAGAGUGCUUCGCAUGGGCGGGCAGUCUAGCAGAGGCCGCUGGGUGGAAGGAGUUGGAUCUGCGUAGUGACGACUGGCCUCGAGAAGCGCACGCCGUCUUGUGGCACCGCGAUUGGUGAACUGCAUUCUUAUCGAUAAUGCACGUCGCGUUGCAAAAAUACGAGA